CCGAAAUUCAUGCGAGCACAACAGAAAUGCCAGCCUCUUCUCUUGUGCCUGCCUCCCCUUCCUCUCCUGAUCUCCAGAGCGAGAGGGAGGGGGAUCUAGAUAGAUAGAAGCUCCAAGCCCGGCCGUUUCGGUUAUCCAGAGACCAGAGGACAUGGCGUCAAUCUCCAGAGCAUCGUCCCUUGUUGCCAUGGCCAUCGUCGUCGUGCUCGCCUCCGUGGCCAGCGCCCAGGGCCCUGCCCCGGCACCCACCGCCAGUGAUGGAACGAGCGUGGACCAAGGGAUCGCGUACGUGCUCAUGUUCGUGGCGCUGGCCCUCACCUACCUCAUCCACCCGCUGGACGCCGCCUCCGCCUACAGGCUCCUCUGAACUGAGCUCCCCCUCUUCUGUAACUCGACGCCGCCGUGUGUGUAAUCAGUUCAUCCAGUUUAAUCGUUCGUUAAGAAAACCAGGAUUGUAGUCUAGGUAGUUUCUUCUUUCUAGCUUCCCAGUUGGAGAUUUGCGAGUGAGGAAAAUGAUGCCGAUUCCUUUACUUCUAGCUCUAGAGAUGUAAUGCAGUUAUUCUCUGUCCGGAAAUAUCCCCGCAGAAGAUAAAAAACACACACUAGUGCAUGCGUAGAUGCAUGCUUGGCAUGGUUA